AUGUACCAGUCAAAAUCUGAGCUCAGAGCAAGGUCGUCGUCGGUGUCGCUGUCAAACCCGUUGGAGUUUCCAGAAACAGCCGUGUUGGCCUGGACAAGAUGCUGUUUAGAGCCGGGAAUCAGCCAAUCCGGCAGCGUGCGCGGCAAUUCAGACGUGUUGCCGUUGACCAGAUCAAAGAUCAGACGCAUUGCAAUGCAGAACUCCUCAAAGUCCAACUGUCCGUCAACGUCGAUGUCCGAGAGGUCCCACACUUUUUCGAGCUGUGCCUGGUCCAACCGCGAGUUCUUGAACACAACAGACACCUUAUCGCCGCUGAGUUUGUUGUUGACGGGCUUGAGCCCGCUGAAGAUCUGCCAAUAUUUCUUAAUCUCCCAUUCUUCAAGUUUAGGCAUUUUCGGUGAGUUGUUUUUAUAG